AUGGCGUACGUCAAUCGAGAUCAGUCGAGCGGUGAAGUCGCAAUGGUAUUACAGCAGAGAAACCUUAUUGUUAUAACACACCUUUGGCAUCCUGUGUUGGUUGAUUGUCUCGAGUUAGAAAGAAUAAAGCAGUUCACCGCUACUACGUACGAAGCAACUUACUCCGGUAACGAGCCCCUCGUUACUAUGAGCUCGCCGGUUGUUAUUGUCAAAGUUGCACGGUUCGAGUGGGAACUACCUCGUCUAUCACAGGAGACCCUCGUUUAUAAAAGCCUGGAAUAUAGAGGUAUUGCCCCACGAUUCAUUGGCCAUGUCCACGAGCAUGGCCGUGUAAUCGGCUUCAUGUUAGAGAAGCUUGAGGGGCUUGAAGCAAAUAUCAAGGAUCUUUCGUCUUAUCAAUCUGCCCUUCAGCGCCUACAUAACAUUGGCAUCCUCCAUGGCGACGCCAACAGAUAUAAUUUCAUUAUUCAAGACGAUAAGGCGUAA